AUGGCGUCGUCCUCAGAUCAAGAUCAGGCUGCUCAGCUGCAGGGGCUGAUCCAGCAGCUCACCACAGCCGCCCAAGCCUGCGACUUCGCGCCAGGCAGCACGGGCUACAUUUCCAGAACCAAUGUCGCCGCCAUCGCCAAGGACAUUGUCCGUCUCGUGAUGGCACCGUCGGACAUGUCGAUGCACCACUCGGUCAAUAUGCUGGAGGUUGUCUGUAUUCGCACCCUGAUGGGGCUGGGAGUGUUUGAAAAGAUCCCGGUGGACGGUUCCAUUUCUCUGGCUGAACUCUCGAAAGCCACAGGCGUCCAGGACUCGUUGCUAGAACGACAACUUCGAUUACUCGUCGGCACCAAGUUCCUCGAGCAGACCUCCAACUAUGACUACGUGCACACCAAGUUCUCCCGAGCGUACAUCCAAGUGCCGGGCCCGGGGAACUUCUUCCAGUUCAUCAACGACGAGUGCCUGUCCACCAUGGUCCAUUUCCACAGCUACGUGAAGGAACGAGCCGCCCAGGACGGCAAGCCCGUGCAGGAGCCCGACGACCCUCUUCGCAACCCCUAUACCCACCGCCACGGCAUGGACGGCCACCCGGUGUGGGAGAUCAUGGCACAGUUCCCGGACCGCCUGCGCGCGUUCCAACUGGGCUUCAUGUCACAAGAGGAUUCGGUCCCCAUUAUCGGCUUCUACGACUUCUCAACGCUCUAUGACCCAGCGCACGACGGCGACCGCGCCACACUGGUCGACGUGGGCGGCGGCCAGGGCCAGUCCAUCAUCCAGGUCCUGCAGGCGUUCCCGACGCUCCGCCCGGACCACAUGGUGCUGCAGGACCUGCCGCAGCCCAUCGCCCAGGCGAAGGACUCCCCGAUCCUUCCGGCGGGCGUCACCGCUAUGGUGCACGACUUCUGGACGCCGCAGCCCGUGCGGGGCGCCAAGGCCUACUUCCUCCGCCGCGUCGUUCACGACUACUCGGACGACAACUGCGUCAAGAUCCUGUCCCACCUCCGCGACGCCAUGGCACCUGACAGCAAGGUCCUUAUCGCCGACAUGGUCAUGCCCCGCCGCGUACACGAGGCUGACCUACCCGCGGCCGCCAUGGACAACGUCGUGAUGGUCAUGGGUGGUAAAGAGCGCACCGCCGACGGCUUCAACAAGAUCCUGGAGGCCGCCGGACUGAAGAUGGUCAAGAUCUGGCACAGUCGCGAGGGCGGUGCCACGGGCAACAUCGUCGAGGCCAUGUUACCUGCGGCGGCGGCUGCAACCUCUUCCUCCUAG